UUCAAGUUCAUUUUAAGGCUUCAAGUCUCCAGUCCAGUUGACACUUGGGAGCCACGGAGGAGAUGCCUAUUCCCAAGGGAGGCCCUGCUCUGCUGUGGAUGACAUUGCUGCUCUUCUCUCUAGAUGGCAUGUCAGCAGAUACCUCGAAACCUACAGUGUCCUUGAACCCACCAUGGAAUAGAAUAUUGAAAGAGGAUAAUGUGACUCUUAUAUGUUAUGAGAACAACUCCCUUGAAGUCGACUCCGCUGUGUGGACCCACAACAACAUCAGCUUGGAAGAGACAUCUUCACGUUUGAACAUUGUGAAAGCCCAAAUCCAGGACAGUGGGGAAUACAGGUGUCAGAACGGAGCCACCCCGAGUGAACCGAGUGAACCUGUGUACCUAAGAGUCUUUGCAGAGUGGCUGCUCCUUCAAGCCUCUGCCGAGGUGCUGAUGGAGGGUGCGUCCUUCCACAUCAGGUGCCAUAGUUGGAGGAAUAUGAAGGUCACAAAGGUGACCUACUACAGGAAUGGCACAGCCCUCCAGUACAACUAUGAUAACUUCAACAUGCCCAUUGCCAAUGCCACAAUAAGGGACAGUGGCAGCUAUUUCUGCACAGGGUGGAUUCAGAGGCUAAAUCGCACCUCUGACCCCCUCAACAUUAUUGUGAAAAAAGAUUCGUCCAACUGGAAUGGUCACCGAAGCAAAUACUCCUGGCUACAAUUUCUGAUCCCAUUGUUGGUGGUGAUUCUGUUUGCUGUGGACACAGGACUGUUUAUCUUGACCCAGCAGCAGUUGACACUGCUCUUGGAGACUAAGAGGACCAGGAAGAGCAAAAAGCCAGACCCCAAAAAGAAUUGAUGUCACUGCUUAAGAAACAUUAGCAAUAGCAAACUUCUUUCCGGCAUCUGCAAUCCCUUCUCCAUCAUCAAACACAGCUCCCAAUGCACACAGGGAGGUCUGCACUCAAGGCUUUAGAGAACUGCUUCAUUAAACAACUCAAACUGAUUAAGUAGCAUGUAAUAGUAAGUUCUCAAUGAACGUCAGUUAAAUAAAUAAAAGAAUGACUAGAUUCAUCUGUCAAAGAGGAGUACAAUUUGAAUAAAAGAGGUAUGAAA